UUUACAAGGACACAUCAGGCCUGAGGACAAUGGAGUCGGUGGAGAAAUGGCACAAGGAUUUCAUAGCCUUCAAGCUUCUGGACAAAAAAUGUAACUCAAAGAGGAAUGGGGUUACAGGCUUGAUUGUAAAGCACCUUCAGAAAACCUUGAAGAUGCCCAGCUCCUUGCAGCUCUCCUCCUCGGUGGCUCUCUCCCAGCACUGCACAGGCUCCUGUCCAAACUUGAUGAUGAAUAGGAAUGAAGCGCUCAAUCGAAAGCCUGACAAUGUGUCCCCUGCAUCCCAGCUGCCCACUAGGAAACAUCGAACGCUCUGCUUUUUGCUCUCAUCGGAUGGGGAUGGCCACUCUGAUGGCCUGGUGUCCCAGGGGUGGCGGAGGAGUCUGCAGGCUCAGAUGGAGCAGGCUCACAGUGGUGGAACUGCCAGCAGCACAGGGUCUCUGGAGCGAGCGUCCCUUUUCUGUGCCUCUAGAUCCAAUUCUUCCUCUAGUUCUACCUUGUCCAAUCCAGUGGGUCCACUCACCAAAGCCAAAUCCUCCAGCCGGUUCUCCCUGUUCUCUCCGCCAUCUUGGAACAGCAGCACCGAGCUGGAUCCCAACCCUCUGUCCUGCUCCAGCUCCAAGAAGUCCCACAACUACAGCCAGAGGGGGAGUGCGAAGCCUGAGGAACCCAGCGACCCAAAGCCAGGAGGACCGGAAUACUUCAACUUCUCAGAGCCCGUCAUUGCCAGGGUGAUGGACUGCAUCUACCUGGGGAACCUCAACGCGGCCUACUGCGGGAGGGUGCUGUGCAGAAACAACAUCGACAGCAUCAUCGACAUGAGCAGCCUGCCCAGCAACUGCAGCCUGAGUGUCAUUCCAUGCACAUGCAGCCGAGGAGGGCUCCGGCACAGCUGGUCCCGCCUCAAGGUGGACAUCCAGGGCCCCCUGAAUGGGAAAUGUCCUGCCCUGAGGGAGCCUUGCUUCUGGGACAUCAAUGAGUGCAUUGAAGCCUCUUUGGAGAAAAGAAAGCGGGUUCUCAUCCACUGUCUGGAUGGCUAUUCCCUGGCCCCUACCUGUGUUAUCCAGUACCUGAUGGUGAAGCAUAACAUGAGGCUGAUGGCAGCUUAUGAGUUUGUGAGGGCCAGGUACCCGCUGAACAUCCGUGAAUGCCAUCGGGAUAUGCUGGUGGGCCUGGAGAGGUCUCUGCAGCCUGGAGAUGUGGACAUGGAGCGCCUGAAGCAUUCCAUGUCCCGGAAGGUAGCAUGGACUUAAAA